UUUAAACGCCUCGCGAGCAGUCACUUCACGUCAUGACGUUGAGCGCCAAAUUCGUUUGAGCGGAAGGCGCUACGGCAACAACUGUUUUGGGUGCUUUUUUAAAAUUACUCUUUAAUUUUUGGCAUAUUAGGGCGGCUUUUUCUUUUCCUAAGAUGUCCCAACAAGCAGGCUAUUCUCCCAGCUUCAAGCGACCCGCAGAAACUAUGCGCAUGAGGAGCAAAAGAGCUCGAAGCGACGCCGGUAUCUUCGGCUCAAGCGGCCGGGAAUCAACAAGCAGUCCUAGGGAAGGAGACUCGUCGCCGGCCUGCGUUCGGCCGUUCUCCCCGGGGCCGCUCUUUAACGCCCAGAACCGCUCCGGAGGAGGGACAAAACGCAGAAACCCGUUUGCAAACAUUGAAAACACGUACAGUCCGAAAAAGAAGUUUGUAAUAUACAAUGAAGACGAUGGCAAGGCCGAAGUUUUGUCCCCACAUUCGGAACACAAAGAAGGCGAAGACGCGUCAACAAGGACGCAGAGUCCCGCAGUUCUAUCUUUCACUGCCAGUUUGACUAAAGCGGAGAAACAGGAGCAGCGACACAUUUCCACCAAGAAGAGCCUGGAUUUCUCUGAAGAUGAUUCUCUGUUUGAAGAAGAAGAGGAGGCCGUUCAGAGUCCACUGUUGAAGAGCCCCCAGGCCAUUACUCCUGCCUCCAUUGCACCCCCGAUGUGCACGGAGUAUCCUGCAGAUUGGAGCCUGAGGACGCGCCUCCUCUUCACCUCCCCUCUCUCCCUUUCUUGGGCCGAACAGCCUAAAGCACAGGAGGAAGCUGUGGGAAUCAGUCAGCACUGUAGAGCUCGGUUUAGCUCUCUGCCUCCCAAUCUGCAGGAUCCCAGGUCCUGCUCUGAGCUCCGCAGUGCGUUCCAGCAGAGUCUGGUCUACUGGCAGAAUCCGUCCCUGCCCUGGAUCCGUCUGUUUCCUCGGAUCAACGCAGAGAAGAACUUCACAGGGAAGUGCACCCCCUGGGCACAUGAUGUGACAUUGCAGCAGAGUCUAAUGAGUGAAUGGUCGGUCAGUCUCUCGUCUCUCUACAGUCUCCUGAAGGCUAGACUAUGUCCCUACUUCUACCUUUGCUCUUACCAGUUUACAGUGUUGUUCAGGGCAGCUGGUCUCAGUGGUUCCAAUGUCAUCACGGCACUGAUUUCUCCUACAACCCGAGGCUUCAGGGAAGCAAUGAAGGCUGAAGGGAUAGAGUUUAGUCUCCCUCUAGUGGAGGAAAGGAGGAGAAGUAAGAGCCAACCAAAUCUGACAGAACACCAGGGAGAAGAGGAGCUCAAAUCGCAAGAUUGUUCUGAGCUGACUGAAGCUGAAGACGUUCAGACAGGGGGCUCAGUGGAGAAUGAUGGCUACGCUGAUGAGGACAGCAGCUUCUCCUGGCUAAAGGAGAUGGGCAUCCAGGACAAGAUCAAGAAGCAAGACGGCAUCACCGUACAACUUCGUAAAGAGGGACACACAGUGUCCCUGGACCACAAACCUGAGUCUGUGGUCUGUGUAGAGGGACCUCACACGUUCGCCCUCAUCAACUUCCUCAUCAACUGCAAGAGUCUGGUGGCUGCAGCCGGGUCACAGGCCGGGCUACCACCAACGCUGCUGGCCCCUAAUGCUUUCAAAGGGGCGACGAUGCACACGCUAAAGGCCCGCAGCGUGAAUGUGAAGAGCCAGGUCGGUUCCACCUACCAGAACAUCAGCAGUCUAGAAAUCACAGGACCGAUCCUCCCGUCCUCCCUCCAUACCAUUACCACGCUCCUUCGGCCUACGCAGAAAGGAAACUUCUCAGCUACACUUUAUACCCACGCACCUACCGCUGUCAUGAACUCUCACUCCUCCAAGUCAGAGAGUACCGAUAGCACGGUGGAUCUGUCCAGCUGUGGUCUCCACCCUGCUUCUCUCCAACAACUGCAGCAGCCCUCCAGCCUGGGCAAGAGCGCACUGACGCACAUCAGCAUGAACAACUACAGCUACACGUGGAAGAACUGAAAGGAGUCUGAGCUACACACGCAUGGAACACUCACACAUACAUGCGGGUGUGUAUAUAUAUGUACACGCCCUAGACAUUGUCUUUUUAAGUGAUUGAUUUGGUUUUUAUAUAAUUGAUCCUAAAAGACUUUAAUGUAGACAAAGACUUUUUGUAAAUAGAUUUUAAGUACUCUGAAUUAACUGAUGUAUUUAAACUGCCCAAUCUAGUCCUGAGAAAAACAGUCCUUAUGAAAGCACACAGUAAAUGUUUAAGUAACUCUUGCACAAUAACUGUAACUCAGGUACUUUCCAAAGUGACACAUCUUGGAUUUUAAUUACAAAGUUCAGUGUUUUCUGCCUGGUUCUAAACCUUACUGAGACAUAGGUGUUUACAAUUAGAUAGUGUGUGCUUUGUUAUUGUGUGUUGACCAUUAAAACUUCAUGUCAAGAUAAA